UUCUGUUUGAUGAAUUCCCAUGUCAAUUUAUGGCUUCUUGAUGCAUAUUUGAAUAAUGGGUAUUUUACAAUUUUCUUUAGUAUUUAGGAUUUCACCCAAUUCUAGUAUAGUUUUUGUUAACGUUAAGUGCGAGUUGAUUUGUUCUAAAAAGAUGCUUCGAAAUGGAGAGGGUUUUGAAAUCGGGUUGGUGCAAAGCUCUAUUUGUGAUAGAUUUCUGGGAUUUCUUUUACGUGUUAUAAAUGAAUCAAGGAAUAGUUCCUUGACAAUGUUUUCUAGUUCAUGUGAAAGUCGAUUGGAAUUAGGCCAUCACUGAUCCGAUUAGUUUCUGCAGUAUUUGAUUCUAAUACCUAUUUGUUUCUGAACUGUUCAAAGUCUCGUUGGGGACAACGAUAUUGAUUUGAAUCAUCCACCAACAUUUUUGAAUCCUUCUUAUGCCUAAAAUGCAUGGGGCCAGUUAGGAGGGAGAUGAUAUACUACAACUUCAAUCCUAUCCUGGUAGGCAUGACAUACAGUACGAUCACCGUUACCUGAAUUCUGAAUUGGAUCGUAUCAUCCCAAGUGGAUUGUUUGUGAUCCAAUUCAUGAAGCCUUAUGUUCUAGUUUUUGGCUUCUCAUCUCCCAGAUAGUAUAGGAUUCAUGAAAUGUUUUAGGUUCCAAUUAGUCGUAUUGUGUUUGUACUAAGUGAAUUGUGGAAUACUGCCUUUUAAAUUACGUUCCAGACAAGUAGUGAUUUGCAUUCUAUUUCCUGUUGCUUGUAUUGGAUCGAUCUGCAUUCCAAGUAAUACUAGGCAUGAUACAAUGCAUUUUUGUAUAUUACUUGGACUGAUAAAACAUUAACAAGUUGUUGCCUAUAUGCAUAUUACUCGGACUUCUUGAGUUACGGUCGUGGAUGUCGAAUAUGGAUAUAUGACUGAAACGGCCUUGAGAAAUGCAGGAUCAUCCAAGGAUGCCACCGUCGGAGCAAGGUUUGAAUCCGAAGUCACGGAAGAAGAAAAGCUCGACAAACAAAUCAGCAUUGCUUCCGAUAGAACGGAAUGAUUUCAAAGAAUCUGUACCAUCAAAAACAGGGAAAAAGACAUCCAAAAGGAACUCGAAGAAAGAAAUGUCUCCAGUAUUUCAACAACCAGAGAGAUCGAAUUCGGAUUCAUUACCGGAGUCUUCGACAUCGGGAAACGAAUACCGGGCACUGAGGAGAAAGUAUUUGCUGCUAGAGGAAGAAAGCUUUGCAAUGGGUAAAGAAAUGAAAGAAGUGGAAGAUGAAGUGAAGGCACUUGAAGAUGAGAAGCUUGCCCUGCUGGAUCAGCUUGUUGUAUUAGAGGGUCUGAUUGAUCCAUCAGAGAUGCAAUCUCAGGGAGUUUAACUGUAAUAACGAACUUUUCUGUUCUUUUUUUUUUUUUGGGGGGGGGGGGGUAAUUGUUGUUCCAAAUUACAUGCUUUGUAUAUUGCUUUGGGAUACAAUCCUUUAAGAUGGAGUGUUGAUGUUUGAUCUGCUGCCCUGGUCCUACUUUCAAGUGCAUUUAAUUGAUGUAAAAAAUAGAUGUUAAGAAAACCAAUAAUAUAUAUACACUAGCUUAUAUUAUAGUAUAAUUAUGAGUGAAAAAUUUUAUAUGACAAAUAUAAUGAAAUCAAAUGAUAUUAUCUUUUU